AUGGAUCAAGAUGUUUUUAGCAUCACAUUCUCAUUUAACUAUUGAAAAAAGGCGAGAAAUGAAUUUCUUUUUGAUAUGAAAAAAAUGAAUUUAUUUGUAUUAGGGAAUAUUUUUCUUUUUGGGAAAGUACCACUGUUUGCGGCCGACUUUUCUCUCCUUUUUCGGAGAAACUUCGUCUGGUUGGGCAACAUUUUCCCUCACUCUCAAUGAUUAGAGUGACUUUGCCUUGUGCCCGCACAUGUUUUGGACUGCUCAAACUCUGUCUUCCUCUUCUCCAAUUCUUUAGGCUCUAAGGUCCUUGUCACAUAUCUCUUGAUGGAUCUUCAGUUCUCUGGGUUGCCUGACUCCGUAAGCACACUCAAGCAGCAAGAUGAGCCCUUUUUUCCUAGCUUUAAACAAUCUCAAGACACUCCUUACAAUUACUUGGACGACUCUUUAGCUCUGUAUUUCACGGGUGACCCUUUGACUUCACCUACUUCGAACAAUGACCAUUUUGCUCCACCUGCAGAGUUGGACUCUCCAGAUGAUCAUGACACUGACCCUGUUUUCAAGUACCUCAACCAGAUACUAUUGGAGGAAGACAUUGAUGCGAAGCCCAGUAUGUUCCAUGAUCCUAUUGCUCUUAAAGCUGCUGAGAAUUACUUCUAUGAAGCCCUUGAUAAGAACCACCCUUCACCUCAUCAAUCCCUGGCUAGCCAUAAUACAGAAGGCUUGGGCAGCAUAUGCGAGAAUUCCAGUGAACCUUAUUCAAGCAACGGUUCCACCAGUAGCAAUCACAGUGAUUCAUCUCAGUGGAUGGUCGAUCCUGGACAAUCUAAGUCGCAUCUAGUGAGCUGUCCUCCUGAACCAUACUCCCAUUCUUUUCAAACCACUUCUGGGAGGUUAAAUGGCUCUCUGAAUAGUAGUGGGAGUAGUAUGCAUGUCCAAGUGGAUUCUUUGUGGAAUCCUAGCGAGCUUGGAAAUAUAUUUAGUAACACAGAGGCCAUAAUGCAUUUCAAGAGAGGAAUGGAGGAAGCUAAUAAAUUUCUCCCCACUAAUGCUCAAUUGGCACUUGAUUUGGAUAAGUAUUCAUUCCCUCCAAAGACAGGUGAGAUGCCAAAUGAUACAAUCACCAAGGUAGAGAAAAAUAAUAUAAACAGUUCACUUAAUUCGUCUACAAGCAGAAAGAAGCAUCACCAUCCGGAUAACAAUGAGUUUGAGGAAGAGAGGAGCAGCAAGCAAUCUGCAGUGUAUGUGGAAGAGGAGUUAUCAGAGAUGUUUGAUAAAGUUUUGCUGUGUGAUCCGGAUGAGUGUCGCAUGAAUAUUUUAUCCUCAUCUGAAAUUCGCAAUAGCCUGCCACAUAAUGUUCCCAAUGGUGGGGAUAUUCAACUCUUGUCUGAAGCCGUAAAAAGCAAGCCACAUGAUGUGCCAAAUGGCGGCAAACACAGUGCAGAGAGGCCGCAGGGAGAUACAAGUGAAGUUGUAGACCUAAGGACUCUUUUAAUCAGCUGUGCGCAAUCAAUUGGUGCUAAUGAUCGCAGGACUGCAAAUGAACAAUUAAAACUGAUCCAGGAGCAUUGUUCCCCUAAUGGUGAUGCGAAUCAGAGGCUGGCAUAUGUAUUGGCUAAUGGUCUUGAGGCACGCUUGUCUGGUACGGGGACCCAGCUCUAUACAUCUCUACCUCGUAAAAGGAUCACAGCUUUUGAGAAGCUGAAAGCAUACCAAGUUUACAUGUCAGCAUGCCCGUUUAAGAAGAUAUCAAUAGGCUAUGCAAAUAAAAUGGUUUACAUGGUGUCACUGGAAGCCAAAACGCUACAUCUUAUAGAUUUUGGUAUUCAGUAUGGUUUCCAAUGGCCUGCUCUUAUCCAACACCUUUCUAUGAGGCCGGGUGGACCUCCUAAACUUCGCGUUACAGGAAUAGAUCUUCCUCAACCGGGUUUUCGGCCAGCGGAAUUGAUAGAAGAGACCGGGCGCCGCCUAGCCAAGUAUUGCGAACGUUUUGGCGUGCAGUUUGAGUACAAUGCUAUAGCAACUCAAAAUUGGGAGGCAAUUAAAAUUGAAGAUUUUAAGCUUGCUAGAAGAAGUGAUGAGAUGGUUGCGGUGAACUGCUCGUUUCGGCUAAAAGACCUACUUGAUGAAACAGUGAUGGUGGACAGUCCUCGUGAUGCGGUUCUAAGGCUAAUCCUCAAACUGAACCCAGGUGUGUUUGUGCACACUAUUCAAAAUGGAUCUUUUAGUUCUCCAUUCUUUGCGACUCGGUUCCGUGAGGCCGUCUUCCACUACCAUGCACAUUUUGACAUCUUUGAGUCUACAUUAUCUCGUGAUGAUCCACAGAGGUUUCUUUUUGAGCAAGAAUUCUAUGGGCGUGAGAUGUUGAAUGUGAUUGCAUGCGAGGGGGCAGAGAGGAUUGUGAGGCCUGAGACUUACAAGCGGUGGCAUUUGAGGAGUAUGAGGGCUGGGUUCAAGCCUCUUCCACUGAACUCCGAGUGCAUGAACAAGCUAAGAAAAAAGCUGAAGGCGUACCACAAAGACUUUCUGUUUGAUAAAGAAGACGUUUGGAUGCUGCAGGGGUGGAAGGGGCGGAUUCUUUGUGCCAGCUCUUGUUGGGUGCCUGCAUAGAAAUCUCUAAACAAGCCAAUCGUUCCCACGUAAACAAGCACUCACUCUAGACUGUGACCAUGCUAGCCUAUAUCAACUUAAUUGGCAUUUGUGUGAACUUUUAAAAUGCCACUGUUGCACUGUUUCUAUACAUCUCAUAGCUUUGUCAUAUGCUCACCAGGCACAUAGAACGGGUCUAUUGCUUCUGUCGAUGGUAGUAUGAAGUAUGAACAAUAGCUUUACAAAAAAUCAUUAUGAGACUUUUUUUUUCUUCAUUCAGCUGGCUUUGUUUCAUGAUGUGUUUGUUGGUGUUGAAAUUACCUGUUAUUUAUGUAAUGAUCUGUGACAUUAUUUUAGUUAU